GCCAGAAAGCCAAAAACUCCAAAACAAAAACCUCGCGUUUAUAAUAAUCAAUAGCCCAAAAUCCACAGCCAAAAAUAAUAAAUAAGAGAAACAAAAAUUCCAUUAAUGCCCCUCUCUACUAUGGCUUCUUCAAUCCCUCAUCAUCAGUUCUAUUCAAACUACACGUUCACUACCGAUCUUGUUGAUUUUCCUUAUCAUGCACCCAACAAUAACAACAACAACGCUUCAUCAAUCAUUAUGGACAAUUUCGCUAUAUGGGGUAGUGGUCAAGAUUGCUUCUUCAUUAACAACCACAACAACACCACCAACUCUUUGAUUAUUGAUAAUGAAGCACUUGAUUGUGACGCCAUGAAUUCUUCUUCUUGGGUAGUGCCAAGUUUCGCGGAGCAACUUGGCGGCGGUGGUGUUUUAUCCGAUAUGGCUGUGCCGGCCAUCUCUGACUGUAAAAUGGGCUUCUAUGGCGGCGCCACUGCCGGAUUUCAAGACUUCAGCAGCGGCUACCGGUCUGGUCUUGGCGAUUUCGGAGAAGAAUGUUGUGGUUUCAAGGAGGAUAUUAAACCGCCUACUUAUUCUAACGCUACAAGAGAGAAUUGGGGAAUUCAAGGAAAUCAAAUGCCAGCAAUUGAAGAACCUAACAUAAAGGUAGGAAGGUACUCAGAGGAAGAAAGGAAGGAAAGGAUUCUCCGAUAUUUGAAGAAAAGAAAUCAAAGAAACUUUAACAAAACCAUCAAGUAUGCAUGCCGGAAAACAUUAGCCGAUAGGCGAGUUCGAGUUCGGGGAAGGUUUGCAAGGAACAAUGAGCUGUUAUGUGAGGAAGACAUGGCUACAAAGAAGAAUGAGAAUCAUCAUCAUCAUCAUCAUCAUCAUGAUUUGAAAGAAGAGUUUUAUGGUGGUGAAUCAAUCCAGUUCCAGUUAAAGAAUGAUGAGGAGGAUUGGUUGCAAGAAGCCAUGGCAAGUUUGGUCUAUUUAUCUCACUCUUCACCAGAAGACAUGUAGAGCUUAAUUAGCAUCAUCAGUAUGAUUCAACAUAAUUAACCCUUGCUUUUCAAGCACAUAUGGUGUUUUUUUAUUUUCUUU